AGAAGGUAGGAGGGAGAGACGAGGGUGUGGAGGGGAAGGAACAGUGAUUAAUAUAUUCUCCACAACGAACGAGACGUGGCUAGAAUGAAAUGGCUGUCCUGCAAGGUCGUUUGGUGGGACUGCUCCUGCUGCUCACUAACCCCAAUGGAGGCCCACUGUGUUGUGAGCACCAUUGCUGGACAGAUUCACACCUCGCCUCUCUCCCGGGAACGCUCGCGCCUCGCUAUUCUUAAAAGAGAGAGAGAGAGAGAGAGAGAGAGAGAGAGAGAGAGAGAGAGAGAGAGAGAGAGAGAGAGAGAGAGAGAGAGGAUAUGUGACGAGCAAGACAGAACUCCCAUUCCACUCCAAGCACACAUAAAGAAGCCAAGUGAACAUAUUGCAAGAACAGAAAUCAAACAACACGAUGACGCUUACAGAGAACGCGGAGGAGAGAGGAGAGAACGUCCAGCAGCAGACCAUUUUGGGGAUAGAAAAGAGUGAGCUGAUUCGUUUGAGCGUGUUUGUUGUCAUUCUGUGGCUCAUUGUGCUCAUGACGGUGGUGGCAGCGAUUGGCGUGUACACUUCCCAAGCCAACCAGAUGAUAGUGAUGUCCUGCAUGGCCGUCUUAUCCGUCGUCUUCGGGUUGGCUUGCUGGAAACUCAACGCCAUCAUCAGUUUGUCCAAGAUUGUGGAGGCGGAUGCGGCAGCCAAAGCAGAUCCUCCGCCGACCUACGAGGACGUGCUGCACGCCGAGGCCCCGCCGCCGCCUUACUUCUCCGUGGUGAGUGAGGCGGAGGGCAGCAGCAGCAGCAGCAGUGGCCCCGCCAGUUCAGCGAAGCCUGUCUCCCGUAAAUGUGAAGACACGCAAACCAGUCAUGAGAGCAACAGUCCUUCCAAACAGCUGAACAUCAGGGACAACGCGACCUUCAGAAAGUGGCUGGGUAACCCUGGCAUGUUGCAGUCAGUCAUUUUGCGAUCCUCGCGACGAUCGUCGGCCAGAAACCCCGCACCCCAGCAGUCCCUCAAGGUCUCCGAAGGUAGGGACCUGAGUCUUCGCAGGACCUCAAGCACCCCUUCUUUCACUGGUGUGGCAAGUCCGUCUCUCCUCGCCCGCUGCCCCAGCACGCCCUCCCUCCAUGCUACUUGUGGCUGCUUCUGAAGCGACACGAACACAAGAUCGCAGAUCUCAUCAACACUAUUUGUAGCGUGACAUCGGCGAGAACAUGGUUCUUUCCCUUUCCUUGCUAUACACGUUUAGCCACAAGCAACGUUAAUCACAAUGCCAAUCAGAGAACUUCACACAAACCACUGAUUUCCGCACCACAUGUUGGCGGCGCCACAAAGACUGCGCCAGCCCUGUGCAUCAUGGGAAAGAGUGCACGCGUUGAGGAACACUAAGUUAAUGUAAUAAAACGACGAAAUUAAACACAGGUGCUAUUUGCAAGAAGUGUGUGUGUGUGUGUGUGUGUUUAAGAUAUACUGUAGAUCGCUGUGUAGAUAGAUGCAUAGAUAUACUAAUAUAAUCAUUGCGUGCCUACAGAAAGAUUGGUUCACAGGGCGGAUGGUUGUCAGUACUAUCCAGAGAGUAAUUCGGUUCCAUGUACAUACUGUGAAAGUUUGUAUAAUUCUGAAUUAAGGCUAAAGGUGUCCAGAUGUACUUAAUCAUCGCUCAUAUUACUAGUGUCAUAAGUUCAUGAUCACAUCUUCACUAAGGUUAAGGCACUUUAUGGUCGUGCUCAAAUAAUGCCAAAGUAUAUGCCUUAAGAUUUUGUGUACAAUUACUGGCCAGUACAUAAUCUUUUGAUAUAUUAAAAUAAUCCUAAUGAA